UGCGGGCGGGCUGGCCGGCUGGCUAUCGGCGGAGUGGAACCGAGCCGAGCGGAGCCGAACCGGGCAGGACGGGACUGGACGUGAGGACGGGACUGGACGUGAGGACGAGCUUCGUCUGCCUCUACCCACGCCCGGCUCGGUCUCUCCGUUUACCCUAACGCGGGUGAAACAAAAUGCCCUUCAAUGACGAGAAGCGCUCUGUGAACGAUGACCAGACAAGCGACUCGGACUCCUCUCGGAUGUCUGAAAGCACAGUGUCCCUCAGUGACUACGAGUGUUCGCGGCAGAGUUUCACGAGCGACUCCUCAAGCAAAUCCAGUUCUCCAGCUUCAACAAGCCCGCCCCGAGUGGUGACAUUUGAUGAAGUGAUGGCAGCUGCAAGGAAUAUCUCUAAUAUGACUCUUGCCCACGAGAUCGCCAUAAAUGAGAAUUUUCACGUCAAACAGGGAGCCCUGCCUGAGAACAGCCUGGCAGGGCGAGUGAAGCAUAUCGUUCACCAGGCUUUCUGGGACCACUUGGAGGCAGAGCUCAGUGAGGAGCCUCCUGAGUAUGGACAUGCCAUCAAACUUUUUGAAGAAAUAAGAGAGACUCUCCUCUCUUUCCUAACUCCUGGUGGAAACCGACUCCGAACCCAGAUCAGUGAAGUUCUGGAUACCGACCUCAUUAGGCAGCAAGCUGAGCACAACGCCGUGGACAUUCAGGGCCUGGCCAGCUAUGUCAUCAGUACCAUGGGCAAGCUGUGCGCUCCGGUCCGGGAUGAUGACAUCAAGGAACUCAAGGCCACUGGCAAUAUUGUGGAACUGUUGAGACAAAUAUUCCACGUGCUGGACCUCAUGAAGAUUGACAUGGUCAAUUUUACCAUCAAGAGCCUUCGACCCCAUCUUCAGCGCCAGUUGGUGGACUAUGAAAGGACAAAAUUCCAGGAAAUCUUAGAAGAAACCCCAAGUGCUCUGGAUGUCACAAAGGAAUGGAUAAAGGAAUCCGUCAAUGAAGAAUUAUUUUCUCUUUCGGAAAAUGCUUCCUUGCCAGGGGCUGAGAGUAGCUCCAGACCCAGCCUGAGCCCAACCGUGGUGCUGAACAACAGUUACUUGAAGCUGCUGCAAUGGGAUUAUCAGAAAAGGGAAUUCCCUGAGACACUAAUGACAGAUGGAACUCGUCUUCAAGAACUGACAGAAAGACUGAAUCAGUUGAAGGUUAUCGCCUGCCUGUCACUAAUCACCAACAACAUGGUGGGUGCUUUGAUAGAAGGCUUACCUGAGCUUGCAGACCGAUUGAAAAGGAUUUCCACUGUCCUGCUCGAAGGAAUGAACAAAGAGACAUUUAACCUCAAGGAGGCCUUGAAUUCCAUAGGCCUCCAGACGUGUGUGGAAGUCAACAAGUCACUGGCAGAGAGAGGCCUGCCGGCGCUCAGCCCCGAGAUUCAGGCCAAUCUCCUGGGUCAGCUCUCCAGCAUCUCGGAGGGCAACCCUAUCUGCUCCCUGAUCGAUAAACGAAUCCAUCUGUAUAUGAAGAGUCUCCUCAAUGUCCCAAGCCUUCAGAAAUGCAUGCCCCCCGUGCCCGGAGGCCUCACCAUCAUCCAGCCCGAGCUGGAGACUCUGGGCUCUCAGUAUGCAAACAUUGUAAACCUUAACAAACAAGUGUACGGACCCUUUUAUGCAAAUAUUCUCCGAAAACUCCUUUUCAUUGAGGAAGGAGGCAGAACAGCAGACACGGAUCCUCCCAGGAACUAGCAGUGAGCUGGCAUCAGAAGGAGGAGUGGCCACUUGAGACCAUCCCAGCCUGCCUGUCCAGGUUCUUUCCCUGAAUCUGUAUUACAAGGACUACGGCAUAUUCCCUGUUCCCCACCCCCCACCUCCCAUCUGUUUUUCAAGGUUACCUGGGAUCUGUGUGACUCCUUUCCUGUUAGUUACAGGACUCGACCUGUGGCACCGCUGGCCCACACAUUCUAUCCCUCUGAAAACUUAGUAGAAGGAAACCAUGGUGGUUUUUUGUUUUGUUUUUUGUUUUUAAGAGACUUCCGAAGGAAAAGAAACAUUUUAUAUAAUGGAUUAUAUCCCCUGUAUGUGAUAUUUUUGUUAAGGUUUCCUUGAUCCUGCGAUCCUAAUAGCAUUAACUAAUGAAUUCUUACCAGUCGAGGUGUUAUUGCUCCUAACUUGUCCCUUACCGAAUCUAAAUUUCGUUUUGGUACAACUUGUGAUGAGCGGGUUGUGGAUCAGGGAGUGGUGAGGGCAGUCACUAAAGGGAUGAAGAAAUCCCUACUAUUAAACAGACUGGUAAAAUGACGUAGGUCAAUGCAAUAUGAAAUGUACAAUUUUUAUUGUUGCUCUGGAAAAGGAAGCGUACAUAGGAUUUCCCUCCGUCCCCAGGAUCUGAGCACUUACUUAGAAGGGUUUACAUGACAAGAACCAAAUCACUUGUUACGUUGCCAGACUUCAGUAUUUGUAUUUGAUUUGAAAUCUUUGAAAGCCAUGUUGUCUUGAUGUUAUAGAAAACCUACUAGGGUGUAGCAGCUUGUUAGAAACCAAUCACUUCAAAGAAAUUUUAUAUUGAAGGUUGCAUUUUCUCUACAUGGAACUGGUAGGAAAAUCUGCAAGGAGGCAACCUUCUUUGGGGUCCAAACCUCUGGCCCAGAGGCUCCUUGUAGAUCUCAGCCAAUCAGAUAAAGGACUAGAAGAGAUGUUGCCUUUUAAAGGUAGCCUUGGAUGAUAGGAAAUUUGGUUUGCUUGGGAGAGAAAAAGGAUCUGUAUAAUCCCAGGUGAGGAUCUGGGAUAUUGCCAACAAGCAAACCUUGGUGGUUGUUGAUUUUUGUUUUUUAAGUGAUUUUUACAUCUGGAAAGAGAAAAAAAAAUUAAUUUGAGCUUCUAUAUCAUUUAACCUUGAUGUCUGCUAAUCUAUUUUGUGCCUCUGUUAUUUGUAUCCUUAAGCAUUCAGAAUACUUUAAGAAGCUGGGCCCUCAUGGACCUUUGAUUUUGAAAGACAACUGUACGUACCAGAAUUCUUCACUGAGACUCAGAGAAUGCACCAGCAUUAGGAUGGGCCUCCUGGGGGAACUGCACCUCUUUUACAAAACUAUUUCUCAAAGGGUGAUUGUCUUGGACUCCACUGGGCACAGUUAACUUGAGUGAAUAUAUGUACUUAUUUGUAACUUAGGAGUUCUUUGUGAGAAAGGAGGCUUACCUAGUUAAUGUUACUUUCCCACUUCUCAAGUCUCUUUUCUGUUUAUCCUUGCUACUACCACCACUGUUGCCCUCUUCCCCCCCCCCCAAAAAAAAAACCACCCCCUUUUAUUUGGGGAUAUGACUCCUUUAUAUUUUUAAGGUUAAAGAAAAUGAUAGGGCAAAUGUGAUAAUUGCUGAUCUUUUUAUGUCCAACUCUGAGAACAUUCAUUUAACUUGUUUUCUCCCUGAAUGACCAAUUAAAAUAUAUGCCAUCUCUAUAUGGACUGAUGCCUGAAUGGAACUCUCUUCAUGGGCACAGCAGGGUACCAUGCCACCAUUCUCUUCUUGGCACAGCUUCCAUUGAGUACGGUGCUAAAUCUAACUUGAUUUUUCUUGCAUUCUCUGUCCUGUUCUUUGCCCCCGUAUGAAGGGUUUAGAAGGGACAGAAUCCAGUGUCAUCUUUUCUCUUUUCCUGUAAGUGACCAGCCUGUUUAAAACAGGGAGAUAAAAGCAGAGCUUAUUUUUACCAUAAAGUUUGAAUCCAGUGUGAUUCUCUUGUGUAUUUAAUUUAUAUUGCAUGGAAAAAACAACUUAUAAACACUUUUUCAAAAAUUACAUUUAAAAUAAAGGGCAUUUUAUUUUUUAAAAAGUGGUGAAACAAAUCUGUUUCUGGAUUUAGGCAAUUGUAUUCACUGAGGUAUCUCAAUUCCUAUCAUCCUGGAUGCCAUUCAUUCUAAGGUUGCUUAAACGUUGGCUUCCAGGGUAGUUUCUUAACAAGGUCACAUUUUGCUAUGCAAGGUUUAUAAAAUGUAAAACUAAUAUUUUAAUGUAUUGUUUAAGUUGCACUUGUGAAAUUUUUGGCAAGAACUAGUUCCAUACAAGCUGGCAAUGUGUGUGUAUGUGUGUGUGGUGUGUGUGUGUGUGUGUGUGUUUUCAGUUAAAUAUUAAAGCAAUUGAUUAAAAAAUGAA